AUGGCUGACAAGAAGCUGCUGCAGGGCAAGACCGUCCUGAUCACUGGCGCCAGCAGGGGCGUCGGGGAGACACUCUCCUGCCACCUGGCCCGCCACGGCGCCAAGCUGGUGCUGGUCAGCGAGAAGGGCGACGACCUGAAGCAGACCCAGGAGAAGUGCCAGGCCGAGGGCGCCCCUGAUGUGGACACCCACUCGUGCGACCUGGCAGACCCGAAGGCCGUGCAGACCCUGGGGGAGAAGCUGGCCGGGCAGGGCGUGGACGUGGCCAUCAUGAACGCGGGCGUGUUUGUGGGCGGCGAGGACGACCCCCUCAAGGGCAACCCCGACGAGUGGGACAGGAUGUUCAGGAUCAACGUCGCCGCCCCCAUGCGCCUGAUGCGCCUGCUGGCACCGGGGAUGAAGGACAAGGGGGAGGGGUGCAUUGUCUGCAUCUCAGAUGUGGAGGCUGUGCACACGGGCCCCAGGCACGCCGCCUACGCCGCCUCCAAGUCUGCGUACGAGGCGAGCUACCAGCCAUUCGAGUGGCAGGCUGCCCCCGUUUUGGGCCGCCUCUCCACCCUUCAUCUUCUGCUGUGCAAGCGUGCAGGCAACGUGGCCCAGACUUCCAUGGCUGAGGAGACCGGGAAGCAGGGUGGGCAGGGUGCCAUCGACCCUCAUGAUGUUUCGGAGGCGGUGCUGCUGGCCUUCCGCUGCUCCGCCAACUGCGUGCCCGAGGAGAUCGUGCUGAAGGCGGCCAGGCCGCAGUGA